AUGGCACCCACUACAAGGAAAGGAGCAUCUCUGCGGCAGCUGACGAUGCAGUUGGAAGAUGUAACGCUUUCCUUUGACGAUAUUGCAUCUUUCAUCCAGAAGUUUGAUGACCAGACUACAGCUUCACAAGUUGAAGUUCGUUUGGAGAAAAUUGAUGAGUUAUGGGAAAAAUUCAGUGAUGCUUUAGUAGAACUGAAAUCGCAUGAAGAUUUUGAAGACGAGGAGAAGUAUUUCGAGAAACUGCGGGUGAAAAUAAGCGAACGGUACUAUGAAGGGAAGUCCUUUUUGAAGGAUAAGGUUAAGGAACUGCAUGAGCCGUCCGAUUUGGAACAAUCCGUUCGUGAACCGUCUAUGCUGGGUGUUCUCGAUCACGUUCGUUUACCGCAGAUCAAGCUGCAAACGUUCAGCGGGGAAAUCGAUGAACGGUUGAGCUUCAGGGAUUUGUUCACCUCAUUGAUUCACUGGAGAACCGAUUUGCCAGAGGUGGAGAAAUUCCAUUACUUGAAAGGAUGUCUUCAAGGUGAACCGAAAAGUAUGGUCGAUUCACUGAAGAUUACCAAGGCCAAUUAUCAGAUCGCUUGGGACACCUUGUGUAAGCGAUACAACAACAACAAGUUGCUGAAGAAGAAGCAAGUUCAAGCUUUGUUCAAGCUUCCGACCCUCUCCAAGGAAUCCAUAUCCGAGUUGCGAACUCUAGUGGAAGGUUUCGAUCAGAUCGUCCAAACGCUCGAUCAAAUCGUGGAUCCGGCGGACUAUAAGAACUUGUUGCUAGUGAAUCUACUAACUAUGCGCCUGGACCCAUAUACCCGCCGCGCAUGGGAAGAAUGUGCGGCUACUAAGGAACAAGAUUCACUAGAGGACCUAACCGAAUUCCUUCGGAAACGAAUUCAAGUUCUAGAAUCGCUUCCGCCAAGGCCGGCGGAACCCAGGUCCCAUCCUCCAUUACCUUCAUCCAAACCUAAGUUACCGACAGUGAAAACGAGCUACAACUCGGUUCAACCGAACCCAGGAAGAUGUAUGGCUUGCAAGGAUAGCCAUCUUCUAUACCAAUGUUCCGCAUUCCUACAAUUAUCCGUGGCGGACAGGGACUCGUUGCUGAAAUCCAAAGGACUUUGCAGAAACUGCUUCCGAUCUGGGCACCAGGCGAAGGAUUGCCUAUCAAAGUUCUCUUGUCGGAUCUGCAAGAAGCGACACCAUACUCUGAUAUGUUUCAGAGCGGAGAAGGACAAUAACGUCACGACGGCGGUUGCUGGGGGCAACCAACCAACGAAUUCCCAGGUUUCACAUGGAUCCACAAGCUCCAAUUCUACCCAAGUGGCCAACGUGGCGGCCACAGACGUUUCGGCAUGUAACGUUGCUCAGGUAUCAUCAAGAAUCCUGCUUGCAACAGCGGUAGUUGCUGUCGAGGAUGACAUUGGUGUUAGGUUCAACGCUCGAGCUCUUUUGGAUUCCGGAUCAGAAAGCAAUUUCGUAUCUGAACGACUAUCCCAGCGGAUGAAGGUCUCCAGGAAAAAGGUCGACGUUUCGGUCCUCGGCAUAGGACAAGGAGUAGCGAAGGUUAAACACUCAAUCCAAAUGGUUCUGCGCUCGCGGGUUUCGGACUUCUCGCGAGAAAUGACAUUCCUGGUAUUACCCAAGGUGACCACGAACCUUCCCACGGCUUCCAUCAACACGAAAGGGUGGAAUCUACCAGACGGAAUCCAGCUGGCGGACCCAGCAUUCUUCCAAUCCAAAGAAGUCGAUUUGGUCCUCGGUAUCGAAGCUUUUUUCGAGUUCUUCGAAACUGGGCGGAGGCUUUCUAUCGGAAAUCAUCUACCAACCCUCACGGAAUCGGUAUUCGGAUGGGUAGUCUGCGGUGGCUACUCUUCUCCCAACAAAUCCCAACAAGUCAACUGCCAUUUCUCAGCAACCACGGAGCUAGAAAGGUUGAUGGAACGUUUCUGGUCCUGCGAAGAGGAGGAAUUCCAAAAUUCCUAUUCACCGGAGGAGAAAUUGUGCGAAGAUAUGUUUCAACGAGGAGUCCAACGAAGUUCAGACGGUCGAUACACAGUUCCCUUACCCAAAAAUGCAGAUAUCCUUCCAAAUCUGGGCGAAUCACGGGAAAUCGCCUACCGGCGUCUGCUAGGAACGGAACGAAGAUUGGCUAGAGACGAGAACUUGCGAAAGCAGUACGUCGCUUUCAUGGAAGAGUACCUACAGUUGGGACACAUGCGGAAGAUCGAAGGUACCGAUGAGGAAUCCCUAAAACGGUGUUACCUACCUCAUCAUCCGGUGGUCAAGGAAGCCAGUACCACCACUAAGGUCAGAGUUGUUUUUGACGCUUCCUGCAAAACGUCAUCCGGAGUGUCCUUGAAUGAUGCACUUCUGGUAGGGCCAGUAGUGCAGGAAGAUUUGAGGUCCAUAAUCCUGCGGAGUCGGACGAAACAGAUUCUUCUCGUAUCGGACGUCGAGAAAAUGUUCCGACAGAUACUCACUACACCAGAGGACAGACCGUUACAAUCUAUCCUUUACCGGUUUUCACCUGAUAAGGAAGUUACGGUGUUUGAGCUGAAUACCGUAACGUAUGGAACGAAGCCUGCACCCUUUUUGGCAACCCGGACUCUUCAACAAUUGGCAGCUGAUGAAGAAACCAAUUUUCCGCUCGCGGCAAGAGCAAUUCGUGAAGACGUUUACAUGGAUGACGUCAUCACCGGAACGGACGACGUUAGUACUGCCACUUGUCUAAGAACCCAACUGACGGAGAUGAUGGACUGCGGUGGCUUCAAACUAAGGAAGUGGUCCUGUAACUUUCCUGCAGUUUUGGAGGGCGUACCCACGGAGAAUCUGGCAAUACCGGAUACCACUGGAGUAGAUCUUAACCCUGACCAAUUCGUUAAGACUCUGGGAUUGACUUGGAUGCCCAUAACUGAUACACUCCGGUUUCAAUUCGAGAUUCCAUCGCUGGAGGCUGACGUUUCACUCACAAAACGACGAAUUCUAUCGUUGAUAGCCACUCUUUUCGAUCCUCUUGGUCUAAUUGAUGCCACGACGGUUGCUGCUAAAAUCUUUAUGCAGCAAUUGUGGACGCUGCAAGGUGAAAAUGGCAAGAACUUGGAUUGGGACCAGCCAGUACCUUUAACGUUCAUGGGUGAACUGCCUUCCUCGCGCGUUACCGUCUCCCGCCCAUUUGUUAAAACGGGCGUGGACUACUUCGGACCCGUCUACAUCCGUCCAGCUCCAAGGCGCACGGCCGUAAAGGCUUACGUAGCGUUGUUUAUUUGUAUGUGUACCAAAGCGGUACACCUGGAACUUGUUUCUGAUCUUUCAACGGAUAGAUUUCUACAAGCUCUUCGUCGGUUUGUGGCACGUCGCGGCAGACCUCAAGACAUUUAUUCCGACAAUGGCACAAACUUCGUCGGCGCUAGAAACAAAUUAGCCGAACUACUCAAAUUAUUGAAGGACCGCGAGCACCGCGACCGAGUAACUGCUCAACUUUCUGAAGACGGGAUUCAGUGGCACUUCAACCCCCCGAGUGCCCCACAUUUUGGCGGACUUUGGGAAGCAGCAGUUCGAUCUGCCAAAACGCAUUUACUGCGAGUUGUCGGCGAAAACGUUGUUUCUCCAGAGGAUUUCUCCACGCUCCUAGCACAGGUCGAGGCCUGUCUUAACUCGCGUCCAUUAACACCAUUAUCGGAUGAUCCGGAUGAUCUAGAGCCGUUGACGCCAGCACAUUUCUUGGUGGGCUCGUCGUUGCAGGCUGUCUCUGACAUCGAAGUGAUAUCAAUUCCAUCUAACCGUUUGAACAACUAUCAAAUCGAGCAACAGGCGGAAAAUGCGGGAAACCGUACCACCUGUGCCUUAUCAGUUUUCAGUUGGACUCGAAAAGUCGUCGCCAUCGGUUCGAACGGGGACGGACGGACGGUGCGGCGGGUUGCGAUUCGACGUCGACGCGACGACACAAUACGGGCCCGCGUGUGCUUGCUGCUAGCUGACCUGCCCGCCUUCAACGGGAAACGAGGCAUUCCGUACAGUCAAAAGAUGCAUCCCCAUCGUACCGAGGCACAGCAGAAUGAUAUUCCACUUUCCAUGGACCGCAGCCAUGACCCUCCUCCAUCCGGGGGGACGGAGAGCUUUCUUUGA